AACUGAAAAUGUCCUUCGAUUUGACUUCUACUUGAAAGAUAAUAUCCGAAUCAUGUUAUAGAAAAUCAUGCUGUGAUUGAAGAUCAUUAUACUUCUAAACAGGUUUGACUAGUUCAUUAUUUCCUUUCUCUUCUUCAGAACGAUUUGGCAUAUGGUGAGGUAUACUACAUAUUGUAACAUCUACAAAAUAUGAAUUUUACUAUUAAUAAAAGUUUUAAACUCCAGAAUAAAAAAUGGAUAUUACAAAAGUCUAUGAGUCUUUUGGCAGAGUGUAUAAAGCCAGAGUUGAAUGCAAUAAAAGCAGCUGGUACUUGGAAAAAUGAACGAAUAAUCGCUUCACCUCAACGAACACGAAUUACACUAACAAAUGGAAUAAAAGCUCUCAAUUUUUGUGCAAAUAAUUAUUUAGGCUUAGCAGAUAACAAAGAGGUCAUUUCAGCAGCAAAAGUUGCUCUGGAUAAAUUUGGAGCUGGAUUGAGUUCUGUAAGAUUCAUAUGUGGUACCCAAGAGAUUCAUGUAGAAUUAGAAGAGAAAAUUGCUCAAUUUCAUGGCAGAGAAGCUGCCAUUCUCUAUGCAUCUUGUUUUGAUGCAAAUGCUGGACUCUUUGAAACAUUGUUGACAUCUGAAGAUGCAGUUUUAAGCGAUGAACUUAAUCAUGCAUCUAUCAUUGAUGGUAUUAGAUUAUGUAAGGCAAAAAAAUAUAGAUACAAGCACAGGGACAUGGUAGAUUUAGAAAAUAAACUUCAAGAUAGCAUGUCUUCUCGUUUACGUCUCAUCGCAACAGAUGGUGUCUUUUCUAUGGAUGGCACUGUUGCACCAUUGCCACAAAUUGUUCAGCUUGCAAAGAAAUAUAAUGCUCUUACUUUUGUGGAUGACUGUCAUGCAACUGGUUUCUUCGGAAAGACUGGAAGGGGUACAGAAGAAUAUUUUAAUCAAUUGGGAAGCAUCGACAUUAUAAAUUCAACAUUGGGCAAAGCUCUUGGUGGAGCAGCAGGUGGUUAUACAACUGGUGUGAAAGAACUGAUUAAUUUGUUAAGGCAACGCAGCAGGCCAUAUUUAUUUUCGAAUUCAUUGCCUCCUCCUGUAGUCGCGUCAGCAAGUAAGGUCAUGGAUUUAAUAACAAACUCUACAGAGUUCUUGGAUCAAUUACAAAAUAACACCAAUUUGUUUAGAAACGGUAUGAAAGCAGCAGGUUUCACAAUUAAUGGUGACAAUCAUCCUAUUUGCCCUGUUAUGAUAGGUGAUGCAAGAUUAGCCACUGAAUUUGCUGAUAAGAUGAUUGAGAGGGGAAUUUAUGUUAUUGGUUUCAGUUAUCCUGUAGUACCAAAAGACAAGGCACGUAUACGUGUUCAGAUUAGUGCUGCACAUUCACAAAAGGACAUAGAACACGCCACGAGUGCAUUUAUACAUAUCGGAAAAGAACUUGGAAUUAUUUGCUAAAAAUAUUUUACAGUUUACACACGAAAAUAGAAAUGGUUGGUAAAACUUGCGGCAUAUAUAAAAAUAAAAUUUACACAAAUGUUGCUCAA